AUGUCGGCCUAGCUAACCGAGCUAACGAGUUUGUUUGCUGCUAACUCAAGGAUGACCGAAACGACCAACACCCUGCACCAAAAGCAAGCAGUUUGAGCGAAAUUAUGUACACCAAAGUUUUUUCGUCUGUUCUCAGUGAUGUACGGAAAGCGGAUUAUAAUUUCACCCGAGGAGUGAUUUGCCACAGUGAGGCUGUCUAUUAAGCUUCAAUCUUCCAUGCUAGUCAGUUUAGCUAACUUCAGUGGUGGAAGACUGAUAAGCGUCGCAAAAAACUUUUCAAGCAAGGGGGAUCUUGUAUAAAUCCAAACACUGUGGAAUGAAAUCUGCUGGAAAAUAGGAGAGAAAUAUGCAACAGAUAAUAUGAUCUACUGCUCCAUGGCUUCCAAAGAAGAAUCCACAAUAGGAGAGGACAUGUGUCUACAUACAGUGUGGCUGUGUAAAACAUCGCCUUGUCUUGAUGUGGCCAGUGUCAUUCCCGUGGCCCCUUUCAGUUGCUGUUUCGGAAUGAGUUGAUUCUGUUCUAACAGAGACUCUAAUCCUGUGGAUGAUCCACAGUGGCCCAGUUUCACAAUUUUAUCUUUUUUUGAUGUAAAUACAGUUUUAUUCUUAUUUUUUAACUGGAUUACAUUUUUUAUUUUGAUUUACUUUUCCCGGACCCGCCCGUAUUUGAAUUUGGGAACUCUCUUCUUUCCACCCUUCACAGUCUCUUCCUCCCACCCAGUGCCUAGAUACGUUAUUCUUGGGACAAUCACAGAAGUUCAUCAUCAGCUGCUGCACUUUUUUGCCUCCUUGUUGUUGUGCUUCUGCUCCUGCUGGCUGUUUAUUCACUACCUCCCUAAAUGUUUGUUUGAUUUUCAUUUAUAACAUGAGCACAGGUUUCUCCAUGGAUAGAGUACAGUUAUCUGUUCUUUUGUGUUCUAGCGCAGUAGUUUGAUGGUUGCACUUGAUGCCAGUAAACAGCCAUUUUAGUUGAAUUUAUUGCUGCACCAAAUAGUUACAUUAAGCCAUACAACAAAAAUAUACUACAGACACAUAUUUUUGUGUCAUCCCUGUAAAAAAAAUAUGAUCCUUUGUCCCAUAAUUGAUGCAAAUUAUAUAAUUAUGUUUUUAAAAUAUAUAUUUGUUUCCUUUUUGUAAAACUGUCUUGUACAUGUGGAUAGAAUUGUUUUGUUUGCAUUGUUUUGCCAUGAUGACUUGUCAUCACAAAGACUGUAUUUGUCAUUUUGAACAGUGAAGUUCACCUUCACUUCAGGUAGACAUUAGAGUUCUACCUUUACUUUUCCUAUCUUUGCCUCCAUCUCUGAUGCCAGGCUUCAGUGGUGGGGGUAUUGGGGGAGGGGUCGGAGGUCCUGCUUCAGCUCCUCCCCGUCCAUUUCGUCCCAGCCGAUAUGUCCCCGUUUCAGCUGCCACUUUAUUCCUUGUUGGGUCCACCACUCUCUUCUUCUGUUUUACGUGUCCAUGGUUAUCGGAACACGUAUCUUCUGUUGUUCCCAUCUAUGUUGCUGUAAUGUUUCUUUUUACUCUUUCCAACUUCUGCAUGGCCACUUUUAUGGAUCCUGGCAUUUUCCCCAGAGCGGAGGAAGAUGAGGACAAAGAGGACGACUUCAGAGCACCACUCUAUAAGACUGUUGAGGUAAAGGGCAUUCAGGUUCGCAUGAAAUGGUGUUCAACAUGCCGCUUUUAUCGUCCUCCAAGAUGCUCACAUUGUUCAGUGUGUGACAACUGUGUUGAGGAUUUUGAUCACCACUGCCCUUGGGUUAACAACUGCAUUGGACGACGAAACUAUAGAUAUUUUUUUCUAUUUUUGCUGUCACUUACUACACAUAUCAUAGAUGUUUUUUGCUUCGGAUUGGUUUACGUUUUACAUCAUCGCCAUGAGCUGGAUACACCACAUUCAGUUGUCACUAUGGCUGUGAUGUGUGUAGCUGGAUUAUUUUUUGUGCCAGUCGCAGGUUUGACUGGAUUCCACAUUGUUCUGGUGGCUCGUGGGAGAACUACAAACGAACAGGUGACAGGGAAAUUUCGAGGAGGCGUCAAUCCUUUUACUAAUGGCUGUUUGAGAAACAUUACAUAUGUCCUGUGCAGAUCUCAAGCCCCGAGAUAUUUGGGUCGUUGGCAUAGUCCUCAAGAAUUGGAAAUACAACCUCCUUUUCUUAGGCCAUCUCUUACUGAAGCCCAACUAGAAGCUAAAGUCCUGGACAAUGGCAUACAGAAUGACAGGCACAGCUCCCGGUCGAAAAGUAGUUUAGGUCCCAAUGAAAGUCAAUCAGCAGAUGCCGAACCUCCGCCUCCUCCAAAACCUGAUUUUCGGUAUCCUGGCCUUCCUCGUGCAGACACCGAGGAGAGUAGUUUGUUGACUGACGCACCUCCCACUCCUUCAAUGUUCAAGUAUAGACCUGCAUGCAACAGCCCAGGGAGGAAUCACAAUACUCAGCAAAACAAGAUAAUUCGUGGUGAAAGUUUGGACUCUCCUUCUCCAACUAUCCUCCAGUCCAGUCGUCAUCCAAGCUACCGCUCUGAGCCCAGCAGCCUGGAUGGGGCCACAGUGGUGGGGGGAGGUGCAGGUGUGCGCAGAGGGGGAGGGGACAGAGGUGAGGGUCCUGGGGGCUCUGGCAUCCCUGCUGGUGGGGUGUCUGGCUACUCUCUGACUGGGCGCUCCUACACCUCCUACCCAUCAUCUCUGGUCCUGUCCACCGGUUCUCACUCCUCCAGUAUACGCUCCGCUCACACAGCGCACAACCCUCUUGCCACACUUCAGUCAGAAGGCACCACAGACACCAGCUACAAAAGCCUGGCAAAUCAGACUCCUCGGAAUGGCAGCCUAUCCUACGACAGCCUGCUGACCCCUUCUGAGAGCCCGGAGUUUGAGUCUGCUGCCCAUGAGCUGUCGCCACAGAAACCUCAUGCUCCAUUUCAUUUGACUGGGGUCACACUCAGAGGCCAGUCUGAGAUGAUGUCCCCUGGGAGUCCCCUACAGGGAUACACAUCACCUUUCCUCUCGGCUCAAAUAGCCCAGCAGAGGGAAGGCCAGCUGCUCCAGGGCUCUGCCACUUUCUCCUCCCCCCACAGGGCUUACCUGCGUGCAGUCAGCCCCACCCCUCCCUCUUCCUCUGGGCCUCCAGAAGCCCACCCACUAAUCCAUCGUCACCGUACGCCUUCCACCUCUUCCUCUUCGCCGGGGGUUCGUUCAUUAGAUCCUCCUGUGUCUCCACCGCCGCGCAGCCUCUCCCUCGCCAAGUCCCAGCCCUAUAGUGGCGAGUCAGGGCAUCAGCCCAAGCCUCGUCCCACUGGGGGCACUGCAGGAGGACAUCAGGCUCCACUAUCCAGCUCCCGUUCGGUCAUGACCAAUCACACAUCAUCUAAGCCUGGAGUGAAGAAGGUCACAGGCGUUGGAGGGACCACCUAUGAGAUAUCGGUUUAAUUCAGACACUGUUGCUUUGUACUGAGCUGGAUAUUAUUCAUUUGGUGAGUGCCUCAGAAGGACUGUUGGUGCUCCUGGUACUGACUGUAAUGCAGUAUUUGUGAUAUCACUUGUCAUGAUGCCAGUUGUUCCAAUUUGAACAAAGGACCUUUAUCACAGCAAGAUGUUCUGGAACAAUUGACUGAUCCUCACAGCGGUUUGAUCAACAUUGGAGUUUAUGCAGUACAUUAGCACAUAUCAUCAGUAAUGGCUGAGAUGAGGAUGGCCUUUAAUGAGUGGAUGAAAAACAAAAAACAUCAGAUAAUGACUGUUGACCAAUCACCACCACCAUCUUUUCCAAUAACUGUUAUUUUUUCUGUGUGAAUGAAUGGACCACAAAGCAUUUAUUUCUGUAAAGGAUCAAGGAGUCCAGCUAUGACAUCAUCAUUAUUUAGUUUUAUAAUUAUUUUUAAUAGUAUUUUAUACAUGUAUUACAUCUGCUUCUUGGGACAAAGUGUGUUAGGAUGUUUAGAGAAUGACCUCUCGUGUAAGAUAGAAAGAGAUUUAUAAUCAGUUGCCUGUAAAAUAUUGAUGGCUGCAUCAGCCCAGUUUUGCUGGUAUCCUUGUUAUGGUGAGCUUUUGAAUUUUUAUUGUGGAAAUAGAGACUAGUUUUUAUAGCCACAAAGAAAUUUAAAUUUUGGCACAAGCAACUUAUGGAAUGUAUGUUUGCGACGCUGAUGCUAGAGACAUUAUGCAAAAUGAAAUUGAAGCUUUAAAAUCAUGUCAUUUGUUGAUCCCAACACUAGCUGCAGUUUUUGUAAGGCCAGCCAAAAAGGGUCGUAAGGGUAACGUCUUAUUUAUUUUGGAAAAUAAUUAAAACUUUUAUAAUACUAGACCUAAUUUUAUUUUUGUUUGAAUAAUAUUUCAAGAAGAUGUUUUCAAUUUAUAAAACCUAAAUCAAGUCACUUUUUUUCCAAUUUGGAACUGGCCAUUUUGCUUUGCAUAGUUAAGGAAUUCUGUAUUUUUUAUGUUUUCUUAUGCUUUUUGAUGUACCAUUUUCCUAUUAAGAAUUGUUUGCCUUUGUUGUUGUCAUGUUCGAAUAGGUACAGUUAUUUUCUACAUUGGCAAUGCUUUAAAAUGAAAAUGGGUUGGUGAGGCUUAGAGCUGGGCAUUAUUUAUUAUUUUAUUUGCCCACUACAGUGUUCGCAGUAGAAUGUAAAAGCGAUUAGCAGCACAACUCUGGGGAGAGGGAAAACCUGGAAGCACCUACGUUUCAUUUAAGCCAAUUUAGUGUGUGUUCAGGUCUUGGCUCUCCCCUGGCUGUAGGUUUUAUGAGCAUGUAACUUUUCUUUGUUCUGAAUGCAUAGUGGUAAGAAUACUGUCAGAUGCCCAUUUGUCCUUGUAUGGGUGGACCCUUCACUAAAGGCACAAGAAGCCAUUGUGUGGAAAUAAAACAAAACCUGUGUUAUUCUUGUAUGAAAAAAACAUUGAUAUUGCAAUUGUACGCUGUGAUGACUGUGUUCCACAAAUGUGUAACAAAUACAUUUCCAAAAUGGCCUUAUGAAUUUUUUAAAAUGAUGUCUCAAAAUAAAAAGGUCACAAUGAUGAUGAUGAGU